CAGUCCGUCCAGCGCACAGACCGCUGAGCUCUGUGAAGCCCCAGCUCUGCAAAAGCCACCAAAUGUCAUCUGCACUCCGAAGAACAGCGACAGCCACAGACUCAGUGCUCACACAAUACAAACAAACACGCACACACACACACACACACACACAUACACUCAGACCUACCAGUUCACACAUACGCAGACAAACACACAUUAACUCAGACCGACUGAGUUAAUGUGACCCUCACGCACACACACACACACACACACACACACACACACAAACGCACAAACUCAGACCUGCUCCUUCACACACAAGCCCAGGUAUCUCACACACACAUACACACACACACACACACACAUUGUUGAAGUGAAGGAAGCAGUUGUGGGCCAUAAAGAAGCUCUGUCAUUUCUGCUAAGCUGAUUUUGCACCAUGUCCUCUUCCCUGUUUGCAGCUCUUUUGGUGCUGCAGGUGUUUAAUGCCUGCGGAGAUUCACUGGAGUUGAAUGGAGUUGUUGGAAAGUCCAUUUUGCUUCCCACGGAGGAGGAAGGACUAUUCAAAGGAAUUGGUGACCUGAAAUGGAAAAAGAACAGCGAUGAUGUUAUCACAUUAGUGAGAGGAUCAGAAAACUCACCAUUUCAAAUCCGGCAUUUAGACCCAAACUUCAAAGGGAGAUUGAUCGUGAAUAAAGACACUGGGGCACUAAACAUCAGCAAUCUGAGAGAAGAGGAUUCUGGGGAAUAUGUCUUUGGCGGUAUAAUAUCAUUCAAGUCCCUGGGGCCAGUGACACAUAAACUGCAAGUUUAUGAGAUGAUUGUCUCAGUGCAGGUAACCACCCAGGUCAAUAACAGCACAGACGGCUGUAAUGUGACUCUGCGUUGCAGUGUGUUUGGAAGCCACCAGGUGGCACUGUUCUGGUCCAUAAAUGGAGGCAACAUUCCCGGAACAGAGAACAAAACUACCCUGACUGUGUCCCCCACCCUGGCAGAAGAGAUCUACACCUGUACAGCCAAGAACCCCGUCAGCUCCCAAAGCAGCAGUGUGACAGCCAAGUCCUGCCAACCUCGCGCACCAUCUCCUGGCUUCUCACCGUGUGCACUAAAGUCAGUGCUGUUCUCCACGGGUCUGGUUGCCAUGGUUUCGGCUGUCAUCGCAGUUAAUGUCAGGGAGAGGUGCUGCAGGUCAGUCAUGGUCACUGUGUUUAUAUUUCUCAUCAGCAGUGAGCUUCAAUCUGACACACUCACAAUACAACACAUUCUACCACUCACACCCUACCAUGCACUCACACUCUCUAACACACACUCACACUCUACCAUGCACUCACACUCUACCAUACUGACACACUCUACCACACACUCACACACUCUACCACACACACUCACACACUCUAACACACAUUCUACCACACUCACACUCUCUACCACACACUCGCACACACACACACUCUGUCACACACUCACACACUCUGUUACACACUCACACACUCUGUUGCACACUCACACACUCGCACACUCUGUUGCACACUCACACACUCUACCACACACUCGCACACUCACACACUCUGUCACACACUCACACACUCACACACUCUGUUGCACACUCACACACUCAGUCACACACGCACACACUCACACACUCUGUUGCACACUCACACACUCACACACUCACACUGUCGCACACUCACACACUCUGUCGCACACUCACACACUCACACACUCACACACUCUGUUGCACACUCACACACUCAGUCACACACGCACACACUCACACACUCUGUCGCACACUCACACACUCACACACUCACACACUCUGUCGCACACUCACACACUCACACACUCACACACUCUGUUACACACUCACACACUCUGUCACACACUCACACACUCACACACUCGGUCACACAUCCUACUGCACACUACUGAGCAGCACACUCUCACCUUGUUAAAAGAGGUCUAAAAAGCCACACUGCUGCAGAUUGUAUUGCUUAGUAUGAAUUUCGGAUGCAGUCCUUUGUUUAAAGUUCUUUAUUUCUGUUGUUUUUUCAGAGAAAUGAGGACUGAGGAGGGAGGGUAAAUCUGAUAUUUGGUAUUUGUGUGUGUGUUAGAUUAGAUUACAUUACAUUAGAUUUGUAUUAAAAUUGAGUAAAUGAGAACUCUCACCCUGCCGCAUUAUCUGGUUUGUAAAACUGCAAGCUAAAAUUUGUGAAAAAAUAUAAAAUACAGUAAGUAGUCUUUGCAAUGCCGUACAGUCCAUCUUUUAACCCACCGCUGGGAGGGAAAUGCCGACACAGAUUCUGAUUAUUGGUUUGUGCAAGCUUUGCAGUGAUUGACACUUCGUACCGUCUGGCACCUCCCCCUCGCCACACCUGCACUUCACGCUCACGACUGCUGUCUGUCCUGGUGCCACGGUGGUGGAAUGACCUCCCGGUGGAUGUCAGAACGGCAGAGUCUCUGACCUCCUUCAAGUGCAGACUGAAGACCCAUCUCUUCAGGCUAUACCUUUCCCUCCCCAACUCACAAUCACCGUGAUUAGCCUUAGACCGUAAUGGCACUUAUGUAUAGAUAUCGUUACUUGUAUAGGUAUUGUUGUUGUAUUGUUGUAUUCUAGCUGCCAACUGUGGUAUGCUAGUUUGAAAGUUGAUUGUAUUCUUCAAGGGUUCUGAAUUUCUGUAUGUUUACACUAGGACUCGGAACUGUACUGUCCUCUCAGGUCCACUUUUGCACUUGUUCUUGUGUUUGAUUUGCACUUUGUUGUACGUCGCUCUGGAUAAGAGCGUCUGCUAAAUGCCACGUAACGUAAUGUAAUGUAAUUGUAGUAAUUGUUAGCCAUUAUUUGAUCUUAACAGUUGUGUUAAAUGUUUUUUUUAAUUUUUUGCUAUUACAGUAUUUUUUCAUGUCUGUGAGCUUUUAUGAACUCUCAAAUGAAUCCAAACAAAUCGAAAUCAAAUUAAAUAUGAAAUGUAAAUCAUUUGUUGCACCAAUCAGAGCCUAGCUUGUGCUAUACGUUCUCACAGAUCCAGAGCUGCACUCUGUUAGUACUGUUUGUUACUGUAUUAAGAUGUUAAGCGAUGAAGCUGCCCCAACCGCCUUUCUAAAGGCAAGAGCAAUAAAACGAAGCUCCGCUGGAGUGAUUCAAGAAAUGCCAA